AUGACUUGCUCACGAACUCCAGCAGGAAAUGCAAACAACCCGGAAAAAUUACGAGAUUAUGGGAUACUCUUGGCGCUGCUAGAAGCCUUGCCUUAUCUGGAUACAGAGUUCAAUAAACUAAGGGACGACCGCUUCGAACUGAAUUCUCGGCAAUUUAUACGACAAAAUAACGCAUACAGGUGUCGCGGAACACUGCCGCCCUUAGAGCAGACGCCGCUGGGAACUAAAUAG